UCCCCCUUUAUUUGAAAUCUUUAAAGAAAGCCUUAAAAAUACGAUCAUUUUUCAUUUUUAGAUCCCAUCAAGAUCAACCGAAAUUCAUAAAGAAACGAAAGUACUUAAUAUUUGGCGCCCUCUCAAAGUCACACAUUUAAAUAAUAUAUAUUCCUCUGAUACCGACACUGGAAAACCCCAAAAAUUAUAUUACUUGGAAGUCUGACGCAUUAAAUUUAAAACCCAAAAAUAAAACAAUGUUGCAGCUCGGGAUUUUAUUAAUUUUCGCCUGUAUUGCUUGUCAUUUGAAAGGAUCCUUGGCAGAUCGUCGGGACACGACAGCAUCGGUAUGUGUUGUCCUGAACCCACCCCGAGAUUGUGGAGACUUCUGCCUGACAGCCUUGAAACGGAUAUUGGAUUAUAGUACGGGUUUUCGAAGUUUCCCGAGUGGUCAGGCUCAUUUGAAGGAAUCCUUGAUGGAUCCUGAGGUGUCUAUAGAAUCCAAAAUAAAGGCCUUGGAACCCUUUGGACUUUCCGAAAAUAAUGAGGUAGACAUAAACAAUCCGGAAGGUCAACAGAAAAACCUUCGAGAAACUAUGUUAAAACUUCAAAAAUUUCUGGAAACCACGGAAAGAGAACUUGGUGGAAAGGACCCUCAAUUGCCACUGUCAUAUUUAAUAAAUUCAAUUCAAGCAAGAGUUCCUAGACAUACGGAAACCAUCCAUUCGAAAUAUUUCUAUAUUAAUAACUCUACACAAAAUAAUUCAGCAAACACUUGUAACCAAAUAGGAGGAUACUUGUUAAGGUUGAAGAACUUGGAGGAACUGAAUGCCAUAAAGGAAAAACUAUAUGAAUAUAAUAUCUACUGGUUAAAUAUUAAUUUCUAAUUAGGAUUAACAAUUCUGUUUAAUGUUUAAGAGUCUCAAUUUUAAUUUGGAAAAGUGCCAUUAAAUAAAAAUACAUUUUUUAACAACUAUAA